AUUUUUCUUCCAUCUUCCCCACCCCCUGCCACCUUUUUCGAGUCUACGAGCAACAUCUUUCUAUAUUUUAUUUCAACCUCUUCUCUUUCUUUAACAAGUCGAACUCUAGCAGCUCGAGUCGCCCGAGUUGUUUUUUAUUCUGUCACGUAGCAGUUGAACCGGCCCUUAUAAGCCUACAUACCGCACAGCGUAAAUGUGGGCGUCUACAUUUUACGCGACAUAUCCGUUUUUCGGUUUCUUCCCUGCCUUGCAAGAUGGCGGUGCGAUUUAUCGGGAGGCGGUCGAUCAAAUGGGACCCAACCCUGACGCCGCCCACGUCUACAGAGGACGUCGAUACAGAGCCCGACGCAGCACUGCCGCCGACGGAUGAGCGCUUUAUAGCCUUUAUACGAACCAAGCUCGACUGCCUGCAACACGACACCCUCCUGUCGCAGACUGAGCGUGCGAAAGAAAAGAAGUGGCUUCUAGCGGUUCUCAAUAUUGCACUAGAUCCGACCGCAGAGAUUACCGGCGUGACGCCAGUCAUGUGCUCCUUCCCACCGGAAAAGCUGGAGGGAUAUUUCACUAUAUGUCUCGAAGGCCUGAUCCGCUUAAUAUCUAUGCAAACGGAUAGUUGGCUGAUCAGCAAGAAUGCCAAAAAGCGGAGCAGAGAGAGCGCCGACGUCAAGGCCCAAAAGGACGUGCCAACGUUCUACAACAAUCGCUGCAUCUUAACAGGCACCAUUAAGCCGCAGGGUGCACACAUUGUGCCUGUACGGUCAAGGGGGAUUGAUCACAAUAAGACAUGGAGUAUGCUCCGGGCACUUUGGCCGCUGCCUGCCAUCGAAAACCUGGUAAUGCAUGGACGCGAGAGGGAAAACAUCUUCCCGCUCACGCACACCAUCCACGCCAUGUGGGAUUGUUUCUUCUUUGGCAUCCGUCCUAUUGCGCAUCCGACCGACCCUCUGCACCGGAUUUUUAUCCAAAUGGUGUGGCUGAAGGACAUGAAUGGCAACCGCGUGGUUUCCGACUGGGAUCAUCCGCAGUUUGGCAGUACCGUCGUGGCGACACCCCCAUGUUCCCAGCCUUGGAACACGGUGACGUCUACGAGCUGGUGACGGACGACCCAGUUGCGCGCCCGCUGCCGAGCUGGCAUUUCUUGCAGAUACAAUACGGCAUACACAAGAUCAUGGCAGGCAUUCAAGCAGCUGGGGCACUCAAGAAAAUAUUCAGCGACGAUCCGCCUGACGAUGAGGAACGCUACGGUGCUAGCAUUGAUAACAUCGAUGACAUCGAUGUACCGCCUGAGUGGCAGCCGAUCCUAGAGGCGGCCGUGGAUGCUGAAGUCUUAGACGAAGCAGCAGCAAUACUUUGGGGCAAAGCGUUUAUUAGAGCAGCCGAGGCAGAGGCAGAGGCAGAGGCGGCGUAUGCAGAGGCCGAAGCCGAGGCGGCUGAUUUAGAGGAGAGCGAAGGCUGAGGAGGAGAUAAGCAGCCGGCCUCAAAACAGGAAGGCCCAUAGGAUAGCACCUCUCUACAAGACGAGCAGCAGGCAUCUUCCUUCCGCACAACCUACAGAUGGGAAUAUAAGAUUGGCCAAUGCCUUUCCAGUUUUUCCGUCUCUGGGUUGUAUCUGCAAAUAGCUCGUGUAUUGUCUGCAAAUGCUGACAUUACGCUGUAAUAAGAAAAUAGAAAUAAAGGCAAAAUAUAAAAAAAAAACUAAGCAUGUAGCAAA